CAAUGCAACAUUUUUAAAGUAUUUGUAUCUAUUUUUUCACUUGUGAUYAUACAAGAAGUGUUUUUGGUGUUUGUGACUAUAGGCUGGUGUUUGAGCUAAAUCUUCACCAAAAAAACAUGCAUACUAAAUGAGAUAAAAAAAAACGGAAAAUUCUCGAAAUCGCCUUCAAAGAGCGUGAUCAAUAGUAGGGCCUCCACCCUUGAAAGUAGCGGUUGCUAAAGGUUGUGUUCAUGUACCGUGAUACGGGUACCAGGAAUUCAUCUUGACUAUUACUUCUUUCAUUAUCAACGUGUUGAAACUGUUUUGAAAAGUAAAGCACAUAGUACAGUACGGACACAAUUCGUAUUACUUCAAAAAGUAAAUCAUGAAUUGUUGGUUCGACAAGGAAUGCUCCAAGGGUUUGAUGCAAAUCGCUCGAUUUGCGUAAAACAGAAUCGAGAUCGUACAAUCACAGCAUUAAAACAGAAAACAAACCGAAAAUGAGUGAAACAUCAACUUCACCAGUGGACUCCCCUGAUAACAACCAGGAAAGUCAGCAUCACAGAAUCCCAAAAUGUGCAAGAUGUCGGAGUCAUGGCACGGUUUCGUGGCUGAAGGGUCACAAACAUUACUGUCGAUGGCGAGACUGUACCUGCUCGAAGUGCCAGUUGAUAACAGAACGACAAAGGAUAACCGCAGCUCGGGUAGCUAUACUUAGACAGCAGAGAAAAGGUGCCGAACUGAGAGAGAAAUACCAGAGAGAAAUCGAAAAUGUUCGGUUCAGUUAUUCCAUGGUGUUUCAAAAUGGCGGUCUGUUUCCCGGUGGAUUACAUCGUCCACAAAUCGCUCGAUAUGAARGUGAUGAACCGCCAUCUUAUCACCAAACAAGCGAUAAAGAAAGGAGAGUUCAAUGCAAGCGCACGAGUAACCCAGAUACAAACAGUAGUAACAGCCAUUCACCCUCACCAAAGAGAGGGUCUCUGUCACCUCAUGAGAUUCAUGUGAAACAAGAAAAUCCAACCAACACCGAAGACAACCAUUGUCUUCAGACAACACGUCCCGAUGAUCCAGAAGAUACUCUUGAAAAGAGAAAAGAAGAUUUUUAUGGCGAGCACAGCGAAGAGGAAGGAAUGCUGAAUAACAACCACGAAAACACCAUGCUUGGCCAUAAAGACACAAGACAGAAAUCUCUUGAACUCUUAAUGAAGAUUUUCCCUAACCACCCUUCAAGAAACUUGGAACUGUUUCUACAAAAUUGCAGAGAGAAUGUGGUUGAAACGAUUGAAUGUAUACUAGCAUCACAACGUUCAUGUUGUCCUAGUGGUGCAUUAGAUGGUUGCACUAUACCGACCAUGGCAUCUAAUUUCCUACACACCGCCAAUAUCCCAAGRGAAAAGAUUGGAAUACCUCAUGCAGGUCGACUAUUUCAGCCAUUGCCACCACCUCUUCUUCUCAAGCCUAAAUCAGUUGAUAAUCCUCAUUUCAGGAUUCCUACUCCUCAAAGACCUCUUCCUCCACCGCUAUCUCUUCGUACUGUAUCCAAGUUCUGUACUUGCUGUGGCAAUAAAAUGAUGUUGUACGACCAGUUUUGUUCAAAUUGUGGAAAAAAUGCAGCACUGAGUCCAUCAUAACGGUCAUGAUAAGAUGUAUGUGUGACAAGAGACUGCGUUAAAUAUAAUCAAACGAUAUGAAGACAAUAUAAUUAACUUUGCUACAUUUAACUCAAAAUCUUAGCUUUCCAUUAUAAUAUUCUAACUAAAAACUGUAUGCAAAGCAUGUCAUUUGUCAUCAAUUUGUGGUGUUAUUUGUUCUUUGCGUUCAAAGAGAGUGGAUAAAAUUAUCAUGUUAAUUAMUUUCGUAUCUAUUCUGCGCGAACUAGUACUGAAACAUAUCAGUCACUACAUUUUUGGUCAUCAAGAAAUAUUUUGUUCUUUUCUUUGUUCAGUUUUGAUCAAUAGUGGAUCUAGAACAUCACAAAGGGGUUGUCAAUCCAAGAAAAAAUGUUAAAUGGAUAGAUUUAAUCAAGGCUGAGAAAAAUAAGCUCAGUUUCUAUCAGGUGAACCCUCUGUAGUUGUAAUGAGUCCUAUUCAGAUUUAAUUUCUUCUUUUUUCACUUAUAUCAUAAUUCCUAUCUCUAAAUUUUUGAACCUUAAAAUGAGGUUGGGGUAAGCCACCUAUAAUCACCUCCCCUAGUUCCACCAUUGCUUGAGAGUUCUGCGUAAUUUUAAAUGUCGCCAUAUUAAUAAGAAGAACUACGAGGAAACAACAAUAUGAAUGACUUUCUUCUUAGGAACAUGCUUAUUCAAGCAAUGCUUUCAAAAUAACUGAUGUAAAAUCUCGAACUAAUUAAUCCAUCAGAAAAUGUAAAUAGUAUUGGACGUGGGAGCUGAGGAAUACUUUCACUUUAAUCCUCUUCUAGUUAUGGUAUACCUUAGGCAAUCAUUAAUCUAAUAAAGAUAGAUGAGAAGAAUU